AUGUGCGCUACGGAGCCCCACAACCGCAAGGACGCGAAAGCAGGGUGGUUCAAAAUUCCUCCGCGGUCCGGUUCCUGCGCCGCGCACCCGCGGCAGUCCGCAUGUGCUUCGAGCUUCGUCCAUCGCGAACGAGACAAAGUCCGUCGGGCGCGCGCCGCGGUAGAAUGUUCCUCCGUAUUCGACCCGGAGGAGCCCCGAACAUCACCCGGGGGGCUCGCGCGCCCGAAGUCAGCGGGGCCCCACGCACGGUCAGGGGGUACGGAGCCGCGAGCGCGCUCAGAACCGCGGGCGCGCCAAAGCAGGGAAGGGCAGUCUCUGGCAGACUACGGGCCCGCUUGCGGCUUCGCUUCGCGCGGUACACGCUCCGAAGACGUGUACAAUGACGCGAGCGUGUUCGGGCGUUCGAUGCAGCCUUGGAGAUGCGCACGCGGGCACGGAAGGGAAGAAGACUCGCUGAGGCAACGCUUAGUUCCGCCGAUUUCCCGCAAGAGGAAUGAAGGGGAAAUGGUAGAACGCGGGCAUAUGCCCAAGUCCCCCGCCCCCUUCCCCGACGUUCCCGAGGGCCCUCCUCCGCGAAUUCCCGCGCUGCGCCUGAUGGCCGCCCCGUCGGCGCCUUCCCCCAUGCCGCGCCGCGCGCCCUUGAUGGCCCCGACAUCUCCGGACGCUGCGCGCCACCAGGUCUCCGCCGGCGCCUCCCCACUCCGCCACCCGUGCUCGCCGCCCCCAACAGCGAGCUCGCCGUUCCUGCGUCCUGCCCUCCCCUCCCCUCCGUUUCCCUCCGUUCCUUUUGGGAUCCGCUUGUAUUUAAAAUGUGCACCUAAUGGUACACAAUGCAAUAGCUGGAGUUGGCUGGCUAGAGGGGUGCAUAAUGACAUACUCUACAGUGAUAUGAGAGCUCAGAUCGUAUCUUUCGUGCUUAUCGGUGGAGGAUUGGAGACAGGGUAUGCUAUCCACCUGCGAUUUCAUAUUACAGCAGCUAUCAUCUACGACUAUCUGCUGCAGAAAUUAGCCCAUCAAUUGACGGCUUGUGUGCACAUUUUAAAUACAAGCGGAUCCCAAAAGGAACGGAGGGAAACGGAGGGGAGGGGAGGGCAGGACGCAGGAACGGCGAGCUCGCUGUUGGGGGCGGCGAGCACGGGUGGCGGAGUGGGGAGGCGCCGGCGGAGACCUGGUGGCGCGCAGCGUCCGGAGAUGUCGGGGCCAUCAAGGGCGCGCGGCGCGGCAUGGGGGAAGGCGCCGACGGGGCGGCCAUCAGGCGCAGCGCGGGAAUUCGCGGAGGAGGGCCCUCGGGAACGUCGGGGAAGGGGGCGGGGGACUUGGGCAUAUGCCCGCGUUCUACCAUUUCCCUGCAGGGAAUAUCAGCCGUUAUUCGUAGAGGGUCUACUAGUGGCAGACAGUUACGCAUUUGCAGUCUCCGAAUCUGGUAUCACCCCAGGGGGGUGA